AUAUUUUUAACAAAAGAUGGAACAGUUUUAAUAUGGACAUUUAUUUGUUGGCAUAUUUUCUUCACCCAGGUUAUCGCGGUGCUGGAUUACGUGAAAAGCAAUUUCAUAAAAUUGCACAAACUGCAAUCCAAAUAUGGAAAUGCGAAGGAUAUGAUCUAAAUGAAUGUGCAAAUCUUAUUGCAUAUAUGCGAUUGUUUAAAGAAAAAAAGGACGGAUUUGACUUGCCAUAUAGUUUUGAGAAAGAUACUCCUUUGUUAUGGUGGAUGACCAAUUAUACUGGUUCCAAAUCUAUUGGAAAACUUGCAAUCAAGAUUUUUUCAAUUACACCACACUCUGCAGACUGUGAAAGAACAUUUUCAUCAUUGGGCUGGAUAUAUAGAAAAUGGCGAUUAUACUUAAAUGAUGAAAUGUUUCGUGAUAAUGAUUCUGACAGUUAUAGUGAAGAUUUUCAAGAUUAUAGUGCUAAAGAAUAUGGUGAUGAUGAAUUUGACUGUGAUGAAUUCAUUAGUAACAAAACAGGUCAAGGUAUACUUGAUUUUGAUCCUGCAGAAUUAGCAGAAAAUUUAGUAAGAGAAUGGAACUAUGAAAACAAUAGUAGUAGUAUUGAUAGCGAUUUAGACAAAACAGAUGAUACAGACGAAAUUGAAACACCAUCAUGGACGAUCGAAAGGCCUGAUAAAUUUUCAGAAUGUAAUUGA